AGACAAUAUUUUUUGUUUAAAGUGUUUGUGAACUGAAGCUAAUCCAAGACUUCACCAUGAGAUUUUUUCUCCUUUUGGCUUUAGUGACGGUCAGCCUUUUCCUCACUAGCGCUAUACAACCACUUGGAAAAGGCUACAACAGUCACUGCAUGUGUUUGAAGCUGGAGUCCAGAGUGAUCCCACAACACAGCCUGCGCAGUGUAGAAAUCUUUCCUAGAGGCUCCCACUGCAAGAACACAGAGGUCAUUGCUGGCUUGGUGAGUGGAGAAAAGAUCUGCCUGAAUCCUCGGACUGCGUGGGUUAAGAAACUUAUCCAGUUCAUUGAGAAGAAAGAGAGAGUGAUAAAGAAAGCAUAAAGGACAGCAAAAGAUGAAAGAUGGGCUAUAAUAUAUAAUCAAAACAUGCACAUAUUCAGAUCAACCUGUGUGUACUAAUACUAUGGUCCGUUACUACUAGACUAAAUUAUGAUAAUAUUAUGAUUUCAUCAGGAGCCAAUAUGGUGUUUUAAAUUUAGCCUUUUCAUGCUCUUUGAAAUCUUCAAAGCUCUUUUAUCUUAAAAAAAAAAAAAAAAACUCCGUUGUCUGUUCACUUGCAAAGCACUUAUGAGGCAAGGAACCUGUGAGCAGUUCAGAUUAUUAAUGGAGUGGUGACAUAAUAUUUACAACAAUACUAAUAUAUUUUGUUUAUUCGUGUCAUGCUUGAUUUAUUUAUAUGAAUGCAGUAUUUAUUUCUAACAAUGUCAAAAAUGGUGGUGUAAUUAGCACGUGUGCCAAUAAUCCCUUACAUCUACACACCUCCAGUUUCAUAAUACUUGUUAUAUCUGUAAGGCAAUUCAUCAUCAACAGACUAUUCAACAAAUCAGUUACGCUAGUUUUAAACUGACCUUGUGAAAUACAGCUUAUGAAUCUACUAAUUAUGUACAGAGCAUAGUGUCUGAGUUAAACAUAGAAAACAACAGGAAAAAAGCAUCGGUGACACACCGAGGAAUAGUACAACCACCAUCAUCCAUUUCUUAGUCUGCAACCUCCAUCACCGUGUGACCUACUAUAAGAACAAUUGAGUUUUUACCCAAAAUGUGAAUUGUCAAAUGAUUGUAAUGUCAUAACCUGAAUUCUUUUGGAAUCCUCAUUUCACAUUCAUUUCACAUUACCUUUUCUAAAAUUGUGCAUGAAAAUAAAUGCAAUAGAAUAAGAAAUGUGCCUGCUUAUUGCUUAUAUGGAAAACAAAAUCCAUAAAUAAGAACCAUACAUAAGGCUACAAGAUCACAUAACCCAUGAGAGUUGACGAACACUACAAUGUAUUGAGAAAAAGAGGACAUUUCCACUUACAAUAGUAUUAUUAGUAGUAGUAGUAGUAGUAGUAUUAGUAGUAGUAAUAAUAGUAGUAGUAUUUCUAUGUUUAAUUAUUAUCUAAAACAACUUACAAUUGAAAUAGUAUACAGCUGUGCAGUCGAGGGGUUAGGACCCUUGCUUAAUGGCCUUACAGUGAGUGACUCUUGGACAAUCCUAGGACUUGAACUCACUCUUAACCACUGAGGCACCACUGCCCACACAACUCAUCUCAUUUCAUUACAAGCAGGGUUUGAAACUGCACAAGGAGAUACUAUUAGAUUUUAAAUCCAAGAACUUAACCACUUGUUUUCCAAACAACUUCCAAAUAGGCAGAAUACAAUCCACCAUGUAGAACUAUGAUUGAGAAUUAAGGCUCUGUUCUAUGGUUCUAGGGUCCAAUGGUGGCUCUGUGCUAUUAGGACUUGAGCUUCUGGUUAACAGCACAGAACCAUAACUUCUGAACUACCAGACAUCGUCCUGACAUGCCAAAGAAAUGAAUUGCCCCAUUCAGGGUAAAUGUAGAAAGAGGUGUCGGAAGUCUUGGAAAUAAAAAAAGACAAAGCAGGAUUAAGUUAUUUGGGCAAGCAUUUUUCCCCUGGUUUCAGAAUAAUGCAGAAUUAAAUGAGUCAGUGAUGUGCAUAAACUGUGGGAAAUGCAUUUUGCUUCCCUGGAACUGUUCAGAUAGUUCCAGGCCAAAGGGUGUUCAAUAAGGAAUGCUUUUUCUAUUAUCCUUGGCAUUUAAUUAUAGCAGUUACUGGAAGGAAGUCUACACAAGAUGUCUUGUAGUUGACAUAGAAGCAUCAGUCAUUACUCUGCAAAUAAAAAUGUUGGAACUGUCACAGAGAGAUUUUUUUUUUGCCGUUAUCAGUUUAUCAAGCUCUUUUUAUGUUGUUGUUUUUACAUUGUACAAUUUUACUUUUUUUUUUAAAGGAACAAAGAAAGAAAGAAAAACAUUUGGGUUCAUGAACAUCUUGUCUAUUUGAGUAUCUCAUCUUUGCACAUGUUUGAUCCCAGAAUCCUGAUAAACUGUUUAUUUAUAAGGAAUGUAAAUAAAAAGAACUUUCUUACAAAACAGCAAGAAGACUGCAGUUAUAUCACAUGUGCUGCAUCCCAAUUUGCCUACUUAGACAAUGCAUUAAAGAUAUGUACUCUUUUUGUGAAGAAAAAGCACAUACUUUUGAGUGUGUAGCAAAAGAUCAUACAAGUACUGGGACAUAAUCAAAUGUCAUUGCCACAUUGCCUUUUUAUUCUUACUGUCACCAUAAACAAACUCCUCAUUGCAUUUCAUUUAUUAUUCCUUAUAUAUUAUUCUUUGAUUUAUUCUUCCACAUUUCAUUUACAUCUCUCUUAAAUACACAUCACUUAUGUUACACUCGUCUGCCAUGUUGGCAGGUUGAAUUUGGCGAAGCAAACCAUUACAAAAUACCUCCUAUUGAGUUGUG